UAUAAUGCACUCUUUAAACCUGGCUACUCUGAAUAUCAUUUUGCGGUGCUCUCUAUCAUGUAAUGAAAAUAUCCAGGAAAAUGAGAAGCAUCCUUACACUGAAGCCGUCCACGAGAUUAUGAAACUUACCAUGGAGCGAAUCAGUAAACCAUGGUACUUCCUAUCUUUGAUUCUCUACAAGAUGUCUGCCACUGGAAAAGAGUACAUGAAACAUGUGAACUACGUGCAUAGAUUUGCUGACGAAAUAAUUGCAAAACGAAAAAAGGCUAUAACAGAUGACCCGUCGUUACUUCAGAAAAAAAAGAAGCUGGAUUUUCUGGAUAUCAUAAUGACAGCUAAAGACGAAUCCGGAUCAGGACUGAACGAUGAGGAGAUCCGUGAUGAGGUCAAUACAUUCAUGUUUGCAGGACAUGAAACUACUAAGGCAACAAUGGGUUGGGCCAUAUACAACCUUGGAAAGUACCCAGAGGAACAAGAAACACUUUUCCAGGAAGUGUGUGACCUAACGGGAGACCGGAAGAACAUAGAGUGGGAAGAUCUUGGUAAACUUCAAAAGAUGUCGAUGUUUUUGCAUGAGACUUUAAGGAUGUAUCCACCAGCAGGAUCAACUACCCGAUCUUUGACAAAGCCACUAGAUAUCGAAGGUGUGACAAUCCCCGCAGGAAAUUUGAUUCACGUCAGUAUCGUUGCCAUUCACUACCGACCCGAUGUCUUCCCAAACCCAACUGAAUUUCGUCCGGAGAGAUUUUUACCAGAAAAUACAGAAAACAGACGUCCUUACGCUUUUAUACCGUUCGCAGCUGGACCGAGGUUUGUUUGCCUAUGUUUUUGUUAAAGUUAUUCAAAUAAUACAGUGAUGUGCCAUAUUUAAA